AUGGAAAAUGGUGAUAUUGAGGAUUCGCAAUUAUCUGCUUCCACUAGUUUUGAUAUGAUUAGUGUUGGACCACAAAAUGCCAGAAUACGAAAGGAACUUGCGUCCGGCGCAUGGUGCCCAAAACCACUAAUUAAAGAAGGCUCAUAUGAAUUCUUGGAGGUAAAUUUUGAGCAAAUAUAUGUGAUCACAGGAAUUGAAACACAAGGUCGCUAUGGAAAUGGUACAGGUCGUGAAUAUACGACACAUUAUACAAUUGAAUAUUUAAGAUUGAAUAGUUCAUGGAUUAAAUAUCAUAAUGAAGAAUUAAUUGAAAUAUUUAAUGGAAAUGAUGAUACAUCGACCGCUGUACGACAAAAUUUUAUUCCACCAAUUAUUGCAUCAAAAAUUCGAAUUAUACCAUAUUCAAACUAUGCACGAACAAUGUGUCUUAGAGUGGAAUUUUAUGGAUGCAUCUAUAACGAUGGUUUAAUGUUCUAUUCGAUGAACAACGAUGGCUCCAGAAUUGAUAAUUACGAUUUUCGCGAUAAGACUUUUGAAAAAUCAAAUAUGUUUAGCCAUUUUACAAAUAAUAAAAAAGGUUUAGGAAUUCUCACAGAUGGUGUCAUUGCAACAACAAAUCCAUUGGAUGAUAUCACUGAUAGCGAUAAAAUUACACCAACAAGAUGGAUUGGGUGGAAUCAAUUGAUAACCAAUGGUACGGUGGAAAUUGUUUUCGAAUUUUCUGGCAUUCGAAAAUUUACACAACUUGAAAUUUGGACCUAUGGAAUAUCAUUACGAACAACGGAAAUAUUUUUUAGUCAUAAUGGCAAAAAAUUUUCGCUUGCUUCACAAAUGUCAUCCAUACAACGAAGACCAUUGGAUGCAGUACGAAAUUUACCAAUACGAAUACCACUUCAUAAUGCAACUGGACAAGCAGUAAAAAUGAAACUCAGCUAUAAAGAGCAAUGGCUUUUUCUAUCUGAAAUAUACUUCACAUCAAGCAUCGUUAGAAAAGCAAUUGAAUCGACGCGAAUUACUACUACUACUAUCAUCGCUACUACUACUACUGCUACUGCUACUGCUAUUAUCAUCAGCAUGUUUAAUAUAACUUCACCAACAACAAUUGAAGAAUCCGCUGGUAUCAUCCCGAUUAUUUAUUUCAUUGGUUUGGUAAUAUUAUUCCUACUCAUAACUUGCGUGCUGUGUGCAAUUUUAAUUUCACGACGCCAUGAACCAAAUCCAAAGAAUUACAACAGUGGAAGAGCAAAGGUUAUGGUAACAAGCCUAGGCGAGAAGGGCUUUUGCACUAAUUUCUGCGAUGCAAACGACAUUGAUUACCUUCAAAUUCAGAAUAAUGGCUUCUGUGCUGAUGAAAAGAAAUUAGCAACUGUCAAUAAACGAAAUAAGAAAUCUCCAUCAUGGUCUGAUUUUCAUUUUCCACCUCCACCUUCAGAUAUUUACGGUAUUAAUGAAUCAACAACAAUGGAACCAUUACUGCUACCCAAAAUACCUGUAUCACCUGUUGUUCCCAUCGUACGAAACAUAAGGGAUGAUCACAUCAGAUCUAAAAAAAUUAGCGCUGAUGAUAGUUUACAUUAUGCUACUGCAGCUGUUCGAAUUCCCGACUUUAAAGUAAAGCGACGAAUUGAAAAAUUUCAUAUGGAUCAGAUUGUAUUAGGUUGUGAAUUGGGACGUGGAAGAUUUACGGUAAUUCGAUCGUGUUCUAUUAAUGGUAACAAUUAUGCAGCAAAGAUAAUAACAGACAGAAAUAAGCAAACAAUAAAUGUGUUCAAUGAUGAAGUGAAGAUAUUAUCAGAAAUUAAUCAUGAAAAUCUCAUUAAGCUAUAUGGUAUUGAUGAUAAUUCAACAAUGUAUCUUGAAUUAGCGCUAUAUGGCAAUGUACGACAAUAUUUAGCUCAUAAGCCUGAGAUCAGCUUUUUAAACAAAUUACAAUUGGUGAUGGAAAUAGCCGCCGGGAUGAAAUAUUUGGAGCAAAAACAAAUUGUUCAUGGACAUUUGUCACCUCAAUGCAUUUUAAUUGAUCAAAAUAAAAUGAUCAAAAUUGCAUCACCACGAGGACAUCUUCAUCACGCACAACUUCGUUAUAGUGCACCAGAAUGUGUUAUUGCUAAUGAAUGGAGCAAUAAGAGUGACGUUUGGUCAUUUGCUGUGGCAGCAUGGGAAAUUUUCAAUGAUUGUACGAUGAUACCAUUUGCUAAAUUGACAAAUGCUCAAUUACUUGAAAAUGCUAAACAUAUCUUUAAUGGACAUAAUGCGAUAUAUUUAGAGCUUCCCAUCCAUUUACCUCAACAGGUAUCGAAUCUCAUUGGCGAAUGUUGGCAAAGGAUAUCAAACGAUCGACCAACAUUUCUCGAAAUUCAAUACGUUUUAUCAAUGAUACAAUCGGGUUUAUCCAUUUCUAAAAAGAUGUAA